AUGGUUAGACAUUCAUCCCACUCCUCUCCACCACCCCACCCCACCCGUCCCAGUCUCCAUGGGUGCCCGGCUCUGGUAGUCACCCCGCCGGCUGCCCUGGGUGGAAUGGAUGGUGCGCCGGGCGUUAAGAGUGAGCUGGCGACUCGCAUCCUCACCGGACUCCUGCUCUCUCUGCUCAUCCUCUUUACCCUGCUGGGCAACGCGCUGGUGUGUGUGGCCGUGGUCCGCUUCCGCCACCUGCGGUCCAAGGUCACCAACGUGUUCAUCGUGUCGCUGGCUCUCUCCGACCUGCUGGUGGCCGUGCUGGUGAUGCCUUGGAAGGCGGUGACCGAGGUGGCGGCUUACUGGCCCUUCGGGCGCCGCUUCUGCAGCGUGUGGGUGGCCUCGGACAUCAUGUGCUCCACCGCGUCCAUCCUCAACCUGUGUGUGAUCAGCGUGGACAGGUACUGGGCGAUCUCCAGCCCCUUCCGCUAUCAGCGCAAGAUGACCCACCGUGCGGCGCUGGUGAUGAUCGCCGUCGCCUGGGCGUUCUCGCUGCUCAUCUCCUUCAUCCCGGUGCAACUGAGUUGGCACAGCAUCCGAGAGCCGGCCGGUGCAGGGCACAGCAACAACUCCUCGGCUGCCUUUGCCUACCCGCCCGAGAGCUGCGACUCCAGCCUGAACAGGACCUACGCCAUCUCCUCCUCGCUGGUCAGCUUCUACAUCCCCGUGGCUAUCAUGCUGGUGACCUACACGCGGAUCUACAGGAUCGCUCAGAUCCAGAUCCGGCGCAUCGCCUCGCUGGAGAGAGCCGCCGAACACGCACAGAGUUGCCGCCGGAGGAGGUUGGAGCCGCGGCAGCAACAGCAGCAGAUGCACCACCACAGCGCGCUGGAGCGCUCCUUCAAGAAAGAGACCAAGGUGCUCAAGACCCUGUCCAUCAUCGUGGGCGUUUUCGUCUGCUGCUGGCUCCCCUUCUUCGUGCUGAACUGCAUGGUCCCUUUCUGUGACCGCAGCUCCCCUGCCGCCGCGGCCAGACUGCCGUGUGUCAGCGACACCACCUUUGACAUCUUCGUCUGGUUCGGUUGGGCCAACUCGACCCUCAACCCGGUGGUCUACGCCUUCAACGCCGAGUUCCGCAAGGCUUUCUCCAGCCUGCUGGGCUGCCAAGACUUUUGCUCCGGCAACCAAGUGGAGACGGUGAACAUCAGCAACGAGUUAGUGUCUUACAACCAAGACACGGUCUUCCACCGGGAGAUAGUCACCGCCUAUGUCACCAUGAUCCCCAAUGUGAUGGGCUGCAUGGAAAACGACCAGAUCUUUGACAGGAUGUCCCAGAUCCUGGCCACCAACGAGCAGGCCACAGAGUCUGCUUCCGAGAUGGAAGGUGACGCAGACUUGUCUUUAGGUAAAAUCACGCCUUUUACCCCGAAUGGGUUGCAUUAG